AAGAAGAGAAAAGCAUGAUUACAAGUUCAUUGCACGCAGUUCCUGGAAAGUAGCAAAGUAAAGCUCUCUUGGUUUUGGGAACCGAAACCUAAGAAAAACGCAGAAUCUGUUUCGGAAAGCGAAGGAGGCAUGGCAUUUGAGUCCAACGAAGUUGCAGCCACAACGCUCCAAGCCAUAUGCUACAAGCGCGGUUCCCUCCAGCUUCUCGAUCAGAGAAAGCUCCCUCUGGAGACAGUUUACUUGGAAAUUCGGGAUUCAACGGAUGGCUGGAAUGCCAUACGGGAAAUGGUGGUCCGGGGAGCACCUGCUAUUGCAAUUGCAGCGGCACUCUCUUUGGCUGUGGAGGUGUUCAAUUUAGAUUUUAAUGGGUCAGCUACUGAUGCUGUAUCCUUGCUGCAGAAGAAAUUAGAAUAUCUUGUCACAAGUCGGCCAACUGCAGUGAACCUAUCAGAUGCUGCGACAAAACUCAAAGAAGUGAUAUCAAAUGCUGCUGCUACCACUUCAGAGGGAAGGAGUGUUUUCCAAGUGUAUAUAGAUGCUGCUGAAGUUAUGCUUGAGGAUGAUGUUGCGUCAAAUAGAGCUAUUGGUUCUUAUGGAGCUAGUAUUAUUCAACAACAAACAGAGAAACAAAAGCUUUCUGUUUUGACUCAUUGCAACACUGGAAGUCUAGCCACAGCUGGAUAUGGUACUGCUCUGGGUGUCAUCCGUGCACUUCAUAGUGCCGGAGUUCUAAAAAGGGCUUAUUGCACAGAAACACGCCCAUUUAAUCAAGGAUCUAGACUUACUGCCUUUGAGUUGGUGCAUGAAAAAAUACCAGGAACUCUUAUUGCCGAUUCUGCUGCAGCUGCAUUAAUGAAGGCAGGACAUGUGGAUGCUGUUGUUGUUGGGGCAGAUCGGGUUGCAUCAAAUGGUGACACAGCCAACAAAAUUGGAACCUACAGCGUUGCCUUGUCCGCUAAGUUUCAUAAUGUACCUUUUUAUGUGGCUGCACCCCUAACUUCCAUUGAUCUAUCACUUUCUUCUGGACAAGAAAUUGUCAUUGAGGAGAGGUCUCCCAAGGAAUUGCUGAACACACAUGGAGGACUUGGAGAGCAGAUUGCUGCCUCAGGAAUUUCUGUGUGGAACCCAGCUUUUGAUGUUACUCCUGCUAAUCUAAUAUCGGGGAUCAUCACUGAGAAGGUCUUUCACUCUUUCUUAGCCCUUCCCUCCUUGACUUGCAUAAUUUGUAUGGGGUUCAGUUGCAUUUUGUUCUCUAACCAUUUCAUGUUCUUUGAGCAGGGUGUCAUUACGAAGACAUCUGCUGGUGAUGCAUUUGACAUCAAAGCCUUCGUACAGAAAACAGGUUAAGGUAGAGUGAGAUUUUUAUCACACGUUACAACAUUGUAGGCUUGAAAAGUAUUGGAGUGGUAGGGUUCUUUAAGAGCCUCUUUGGUACGCAAGUUAGAUAAGACUUAUUAACUUUGAGACCUAAUUGUAUAAGAUGAUAACAUCAAUAUAUUAUGCAAUGUUUGGUAUGGCAUGGAAAAAUAUAUUAUAUUGCAUGAGAUAAUUAUGUCA